UCUAGCUGUAAUGCGGGACCACUUGGUUAAUAUAAACAAGGGAUGUAACUCUAGAAUAUGUUUGGAAAUGGCCGCAGUUUCUGAAGAAAGAAGUGGCGUAGUUCGGGAUGAAAAGACUGGCGAGUUGUUCAUUCCUGGAAGUAGACGACCAGAUGGUAGCUGGAGAAAACCUCGGCGUGUCAAAGAGGGAUAUGUGCCUCAGGAAGAGGUCCCAGUAUACGAGAGUAAAGGUAUGCAGUGGGUGAACAGUCGUCCAACUCAUCCAAUCGGCCUUGCUCCAGAGGAUGUGGAGAAAAUUAAAACACCAGAAAGUGCAAUGUCUAAAGCUGCAAAGAAAAAUGCUAAACGAAAGCAAAAGAAGAAGCAAAAGGACACAGAAUGUAUAAACCACGUGAGUGAGUCACUGGCCAAUUCUCAUAUGGAUGAUACCCAGUCAGAUUCAUCCAAGGUGUCUGUGCCAAAGGAUGAAACCAGCAAUACAAAUAUAGCCAAAAAGAUUAGAAAUUUGAAGAAAAAAUUGAAACAGGUUGAAGAUCUUGAAAAACGAAUUCAAUCUGGGGAGCUGAAAGAGCCAGAGAAGGAACAGUUGGAGAAAAUUAGUAAGAAAGCAUCACUUGAAGACGAAAUUGACGAUCUGGAGCUUCAGUUGGAGGACUCAUGAUAAACGCUCAGUGGUGUUAAUCCAACAAAACAGUUGUAAAACAGCGUGUAGAUGAUACACAGAGGUCUGGACAUGUUGGUACUAUGAAGACUUGUUACAUUAAUUUUUGGAAGGUUUUUUUCUCUUCGUUGAAAAAGAAAAGAUUUAUAUAUUCCAAUGACAACGACGGUCUUUGUUUUGUGGGUACAUGUCACUGAAUUGUGUCCCAUCCCCCAUUCUAGCUGAAUAACAUAUCACUCUGCUGAAGGAUAAAGCCAAUACUAUGGCAGUAUCCAUUUAUUUUUUAUAUUACUUGCAAACAGAAAUAAUGGUUCUCUGUAUAAUGAAUAACAGCUUGACAAACAAUCUCUCAUUUUCAUACUAUUUGUUUACAUAAACAAUUGAAAUAUACAUGUACUACAAGUGAGACAUAUUUUUAUAUGAAUAUACACCCACCCACAGGUAUCAGGGGUGGAUCCAAGUGUGUGGGGGGGGGGGGGGGAGGAAGGGCUAAGGAAAAACGGGCACAUGGACCUACCCUUAAAAAGGGCAACUAAAUGAAAAAAUUUCAGUUUGAAUUGCAUCUCCACAUUGAUAAAAGUUAAAAAUGUGUUUUGUUUAAUAACACCACUAGAGCACAUUUAUUAAUAAUCGGUUAUUGGAUGUCAAACAUUUUGGUAAUUGCUAUGCAGUCUCCUAAGGAAACCUACAAUGUUUCCAUUAACAACUAGGGAUCUUUUAUAUGCACUUUCCUACAGAUGCGUGGUCGUUCCAGCCAGUGGUACGUGUAUAUCAAAAGCUGUGAUAUGUGCUAUCCUGUCUGUGGGAUGGUGCAUAUAAAAAAUCCCUU